CCGAAGAAUGCAGAGGAGCUCCUGUACAUGCUCCAGUUCGGCAACAAGAACAGAUCCCAGCACCCGACUGAUGCCAACGCUGAGUCGUCACGGUCUCACGCUGUCUUCCAGGUAUUUGUGCGACAGAAAGACCGCACCGCUAACAUAUCUGCUGAGGUGAAGGUGGCCAAGAUGUGUUUAGUUGACCUGGCAGGGUCCGAAAGGGCCACAGUCACCAAGAACCGAGGGGCUAGAUUCAGAGAGGGAGCCAACAUCAACAGGUCUCUCCUGGCACUUGGCAAUGUCAUCAAUGCUCUCGCGGAGAACAAGAACAAGGGCCACAUUCCGUACCGAGACAGCAAGUUGACCCGGCUCCUGAAGGACUCGCUGGGAGGCAACUGUCGAACUGUCAUGAUUGCCGCAGUCAGUCCUUCCAGCAUGUCGUAUGAAGACACCUACAACACCCUCAAGUAUGCCGACAGGGCCAAGCACAUCCGGGCCAUGCUGAAGAAGAACAUCCUGAAUGUGGACUUCCACGUGUCCCGGUACGGCCAGAUUGUGGAGGACUUGCGGAAAGAGAUCGGAGAGUUGAAGUCACGACUUCAGCUGUAUGAUGAGGGGAAGAUGGGGUCGUCACGGCGACAGUCAGCUGUCAAUGAGGAGCAAAGACUGAGCGCGAUCCUGGAGAACAUCUUCGAGGCUCGUUUGGACGUGCGUCGAGAGCAGCUGCAGGUGGAGUGUGUGUAUCGGGACCUGCUGUGGAAGAUUGGCCGCAAACAGAGAUGUCUUCAUCGACUCCGUGUCAUCUCGAGCGCUGCUCAGGGACAGGUGUGUGAGCGAGUGGAGCGCAGCCUCAAGUCCCUCCAGGGCAAGAUGGAGGCAGUGACCAGGAAGCGAGAUGCAGCUGAAGUGAAGCUGGCCGCCAACCAGGACUGGCUGAACCGGGUCCACUCCGAGUUGUGCCUGGCAGGAGGAGACAACGCGGUGCCAGAGACUGUAGGUUCCCAUGCUGCACCCCUCAUUUACCUGCCCUCCGUCCUGAGCAUCACUGUAGACUGUAGGUUCCCAUGCUGCACCCUCAUCUACCUGCCCUCCGUCCUGACCAUCACUGUAGACUGUAGGUUCCCAUGCUGCACCCUCAUCUACCUGCCCUCCGUCCUGACCAUCACUGUAGACUGUAGGUUCCCAUGCUGCACCCUCAUUUACCUGCCCUCCGUCCUGACCAUCACUGUAGACU